AUCCAUGCAUCGGUUAAAAUAUUGAUUUUUUUUUACAGUUGCAGUUGCUACUAUUUUCCUUGAAUUUAUGGAGGAAUGUGCUUGAGAAUGCUGCUAUUUUGAGAAUUUUAAUGGUGAAAUUUGUGCAAAUAGAGAUGAUCCGUUAGAGAUUUACGUACUGAUUUAGGAUUGAUCAUGAAUUUUAUCCCCUUUGUUUUAGCCAUCUUCAGGAAUUUCUGACAUUGAUUUGUCUUUUGGUCAAUAUUAUAAAAAUACAUUUUUGUUUCUCUCUCUGACCUUUUAAAUAAAUAGAAAAUUGUUUUUAUUAGUAUUUUAUAAUGAUCUAUGUUAUUGGCUCGUCGUUGCUGCUUGAAUAUUAGGCCACCGUGAAAAGGCCACCUGAUGCUUUAUUUUUUAUAUUUCCUUCAAAUGCUACACACAUAUGAUUAUAUUUUCAAUCAGAUAUUAUUCUUUGUGUAGGAUUUGACUAACCCAUGACUGAAGUUAGUUAUUUCAAAUUUAAUCCUAUUAAGACAUUUAAAUUUUUAAUGUAGAAAACUGAAAGUGUUUGUUAGAAUAUCUUAUCUUGACUGAACUUCCAAGCAUUUGGUUAAUCUUUGUCCAAUCGAAUCAGUACCUUGUGAUUAAUGUGACGAGUACAAUUGUUUUCAUCUCUUUAUGUAGCUGCGUAUGGCUCGAAAAAUGGAUAAAUUCUUGUUACUGAAUGAUAAUAAUCACAUCAUGAUUCCAUGAAAGUUUAAAUGCUCUGGUUUGAUCACUUGAUGGCAUAUGCAUUUCAGUGUCUCUGACUUGCUGAUCGCAGUUCUAUUAUCACAACACAGAUUUCUGUGUGGUCGUUUACGAUUGAGUGCUGUGAUAUUUGUGGUGAUAUAGGGGUUGCUGAUGCAUUAAUAACUUGCAGCAUAUGUAAAAGAAACACUGAGCAUAUGUAUUGCAUGAAAUUUUUUCUUGAGGAACACGUCAACGACUGGCAUUGUGAAGAAUGCUUGUCAGGAGUACAUAACCAAUCAGUAGUACAUAAAAGUGGUGAGCUGCCUGCAGAGAGUAGAAAGUUACCAAAUGAAUCAAGGGUGGGUUUGGGUGACUGGGAAAAAAUUGUUGCAACUGGGAAGACUAAAUACCUCACUGUCGAAGAAGCUAUCAAGCUCCCAUUAGGACAGAAGCUACCUUAUAAUUCUUUCCACAAAAGAACCCCUCGCCGCAAUAGUGUGAAGUAUAAAUUUGAUCCAACAAUCAGGCCUAGAUUUAUAGAUUUCUCAUCUCUCCAAAAUCUCACUCCGGGACCUUUUCGGCAACCGAAGCCUCGAAGACCUGCCAAUGUGGAGAUCCAUAGAAAGCCAAACCUCACAGCAGGGUUUAGAUCACCGAGCAGUCUCCGACCUUCUGAAGACCUGAAAGACACAAACUUGGUGAAGGAACAGCCAAGUAAAGUCCAAUUGCCUGUGACAACAAGAGCAGUGAAGCAGUCAUCUUUACCAUCAGAAAAUACCUCUCCAGGUGCCAUCUCAGGUGGUGAUGGUCAUGAUAAUGCCAUUGAUCGGAGCACUUCUGGUGCUGAGAAUAAGAAUGAAAUUUAUUUGCUUGAUUCUGAGAAAGACUUGAGGGUCCCUGCUUUGGAAGCUUCGUGGAAGGGAAGCUUCAGGAUCCUGGACGAUAGUGCACAAAAAGAAAUAAACCAUCUAGUUCGAGCUUAUCCUCCUUUACAAGUUUACAGAAAGAUCUUUGAUAUCUCCAAGAAAAUGCCUCAAGUGCUUCAUUUCGAAUUGGUUCCUUCCAAACCAAUUUUGAACAACUUAUUCAAUGACUAUAUUCCAGAUCGAAGUGACAUUGGUUUAUAUUUCUUUCCUGGAGCUGGAGAGAGCUCGGAGGAGGGUAAUAUCUUCCUGGCAGAUCAAAUAAUUUCAACAAACUAUGCAUUGAGGAAACAGAUUGCAGAUGUUGAGAUGUUGGUUUUCAGCUCCAAACUGCUGCAUGCCAAUUGUCAAAGUUGGCAAGGAAAGCACUUCCUAUGGGGAGUAUUCCGCCGCCUGAAACCAAAUGCCACAACGUGCUCAGAGGAUAGAGUUCUUGAGCCGACAGUGCAGCCAUCAGAUUGGGUGAAUCAGGUGCAUGGCAGUGGAGAGGCUGACAUUGAGAUUGACAUGACAGAUGGCGUGAAUCACGACCAGGGUCCGGUGCACGACGGUGGAGAGGUUGACAUGGAAAUCGACAUGAUUGGUGGCAUCAGCUUGGGAAAAAUAGAUGUUCCUGUCAGUAAAAAACCUACAGCUGCUUUAGCUUGGCCGGAGUCUGCCCCCGGCCUAACAGUUGCUCCAGUUGCCAAGAUUCCUUCACCGAUUGUUAAAGUAGAAUCUCAUGAUCUCAUUCCUCCUGGAUUUGAGGAGGUGUAUAGGAUGAGAAUUCAGAGUUCAUCACCUCCGGUGGCCGGCAUUUGGAAUCAAGACAUAAACAAGAGAUGAUUGAUGAUACUCCCGCCGUCCCCUAAUAGGAGUCGUUCUUUGACCGGACACGAGUUUUAAGAAAUGUAGAGAAAAGUUGGUUGAAAAAGUUAGUGGAAUGUGAGACCCACAUUUUUAUAUUGGUUUUAUAAUAAAAUG